ACUUUUUUCAUUAAAGAUACGUCAUAUAUAUAUAUUUUAAAUCUAUCCAUCUGUCUCUUUCUCUUUAUAUAUUUAUAUAGACAGGCUUUGUUAGCUGCUUGAGUCCACAUUAUUUUCCGCUGCUUUAGCGGAUGUGUAGUUGGUGGCUAGACCGAGUCUCGCGUGCUAAUCCCGCGGAGAAGAGACAGUCUCUCACGGGGGCUUUCGAGCCGUAUUGUGCGUCAUCUGCAUCGCCGCCGUUUUGUUAUUUUUCUCCGCCGAGGAAACAUGGCAACCCCGGCUGCGGUCAACCCGUCCGAAAUGGGCAGUGAGUUGCCAGGGACAGUUUCAAUGCCAGGAGCUGUUGGAUCUGGACCGGUGAGGAUGGGUGGAGCCGUCCCAGGUCGUGGGGGCAAGAGGAGAUCAGGAGGAAUGGACUUUGAUGAUGAAGAUGGAGAGGGGCCUAGCAAAUUUUCAAGGUAUGAUGAUGAUGAUCAGAAUCCUGGUGGGGAUAAGGAGAGAUAUGCCAGAGAGAACCACAGUGAGAUUGAGAGACGCCGGCGCAACAAAAUGACCCAAUACAUCACUGAGCUAUCGGACAUGGUCCCCACCUGCAGUGCUUUAGCUCGAAAACCUGAUAAGCUGACCAUCCUGCGUAUGGCUGUUUCCCAUAUGAAAUCCAUGAGGGGGACCGGCAACACAUCUACUGAUGGCGCCUAUAAGCCUUCCUUUCUCACGGAGCAGGAACUAAAGCACCUGAUCUUGGAGGCGGCGGAUGGCUUCCUGUUUGUGGUUGCUGCAGAGACGGGUCGGGUCAUCUAUGUAUCGGACUCAGUGACACCAGUGCUGAACCAUCCCCAGUCUGAGUGGUUUGGCAGCACUCUGUACGAGCAGGUCCACCCUGAUGAUGUGGACAAAUUGAGGGAACAGCUCAGCACUUCAGAAAACUCCAUGACAGGGCGAAUUCUGGACCUGAAGACAGGAACGGUGAAGAAGGAAGGACAACAAUCCUCCAUGAGAAUGUGCAUGGGCUCCCGACGCUCGUUCAUAUGCCGAAUGAGAUGUGGCAGUGCUCCUCUGGAUCACAUCUCCUUAAACCGCCUGGCUAACAUGAGAAAGCGAUACAGGAAUGGCCUCGGGCCCUCAAAAGAAGGAGAGGCUCAGUACUCUGUGGUGCAUUGCACUGGCUACAUCAAAGCCUGGCCCCCUGCAGGUAUGACUAUACCAGAAGAAGACACAGAGGCGGGUCAGACUGGAAAGUACUGCCUAGUGGCUAUUGGAAGACUGCAGGUAACCAGCUCUCCAGUCUCAAUGGAUAUGAAUGGCCUGUCAGUUCCCACAGAGUUCCUGUCACGUCACAACUCUGAUGGUGUCAUCACUUUUGUGGAUCCACGCUGCAUCAGUGUCAUUGGUUAUCAGCCUCAGGACCUACUGGGGAAAGAUAUUCUGGAGUUCUGCCAUCCCGAAGACCAGAGCCACCUGAGAGAAAGUUUUCAACAGGUGGUGAAAUUGAAGGGUCAGGUCCUGUCAGUGAUGUAUCGUUUCCGGAUGAAAAACAGAGAGUGGAUGCUGAUCCGUACCAGCAGUUUCACCUUUCAGAACCCAUACUCUGACGAGAUAGAGUACAUCAUCUGCACCAACACUAAUGUGAAGCAGCUACAACAGCAGCAGGCAGAGCUAGAGGUUCAACAGAGAGAUGGACUGACUGCCUAUGAUCUUUCCCAGGUACCUGUGGCCAGCGUUGGCAGUGGAGUUCAUGAGGCUGGGAAAAACAUCGACAAGACAGAAGCCCUGUUCUCCCAGGAAAGAGAUCCACGUUUUGCUGACAUGUACACCAGCAUCUCCGGCUCGGGAGAUAAAAAGAUGAUGGUUCCCUCCUCUACAGCUGGAGGACAGCAGCUCUAUUCCCAGAGUUCUCCCUUUCAGCAGGGACAUUCGGGCAAAACUUUCAGCAGUUCUUCUGUGAUCCAUGUCCCUGGUGUGAACGACAUCCAGCCAUCAGGUUCAGCCAAUCAAAAUCUAGCUCAGAUCUCUAGACAGCUUAAUCCAGGCCAGGUAGCGUGGUCAGGGAACCGACCCCCCUUUUCUGGACAGUCCAGUAAAGCCCAGUCCAGUCCUUUUGGUAUUGGUUCUGGCCACAGCUACCAGACUGAUCCAGCCUCCUACAGUCCGCUGUCCUCCCCGGCCACUUCCUCCCCCAGCGGCAAUGCCUACUCAGGACUGACAAACCGCAGCACAGCUUUUGAUGUGUCCGGUGAAAGCAGUCAAAGUGGAGCCCAGUUUCAGGGUCGCCCCAGUGAGGUCUGGUCCCAGUGGCAGAAUCAGCAUCACUCCCAGCAGACUGGGGAACAGCACACACACCCCAACCCUAGCCAGACAGAAGUCUUCCAGGACAUGUUACCCAUGGCUGGAGAUCCCACCCAGGGAACAGCCAACUAUAACAUCGAGGACUUUGCUGAUCUUGGGAUGUUCCCACCCUUCUCUGAGUAAUAUCCACCUUUCUCCAUCUUGCUCCUGCUCAGAACUGGACUGAUGUAUGCAUUUAUCUCAUGUUCUGUCUCGUUUUUCUGUAUAGCUAAAUCACCAACACAGCCAUGUUAGUCACGAUGAAUGUCUGGGUGGACAUCGUCAUUUGCACACAUACAAACGUACAGUGCACUGUUGGUUAGGCUCCAGGGUCUGCAGUAUGUACCAGUGAACAUACACAUACCUCAUCUCUGCAGAGAGGCGCCUCUCUGUCAGGCGUAAAGAACAUUACUCUGUUUUUGGUUUGCUCUCAAAAAGUCUCUAAAACUGCUUUCUGCAAUUAGUGUUAGCAAAACCAGAUUACAGGUACACCUGUCAGAAAUGAUUGCUAUUAUAUUAGAUUUUAUACUUCCUAUCUUACAGACUUGUGUGUAAAUGGUCAUUACUGACACAAGCUUUAGCUGCAUCCAUGUGGAAGACUGUAAAAAGUGGACUGCGAUAACACUCAGUUAGCAAAGUCCGAGCACUCUUCUCAUUUCCCUUUUUUGUAACCGUAAGUAAUAAGCAAAGCAUCAAUCUGAUUUUGAGUACACUGCAUACCUGUUGACUUGUCAGCCACAAGUUAUUGGCCAGGACACAUUUUUUUCUUCCUUUUUUCACUCUUGUGAGGACCAUAAUUUACAAAAUCAGCAUCUUGUUGUGCUUGAUAUAACUUGAAAUUAUUAACUGAGACCAGAAUUCACAGGGGAAGUGUUUAUGCUGAAUUGACAGAUCAAGGGAAAUGAAAGCCAUUUUCCCCUAGACGUCUACACAUUCUUACUUUAGUUUGUCAUCAGGGUGGUCACUCCGACUGUUGGUUAUUAGGGAAAAAAUGCAAGUGUCUGGCAUCUUUGCUCUGCCUCUGCGUUUAAGAUCCGGAGCCUGUGGUCAUCUUUUAUACGGUGUGUAAUGGUGACAGAGUUUAUACACACGCGUAGCAGCAACUUUAACUGGGUCUGUUUGUCUCAGUUUUGUUAUAGCUUCCAUGUAUCACUACUUAACAUGACAGAGAAAAUGUCUCAGUGCCACACAAAUGGCAGAAUCAUAGGUUGCAUAAAGGGUUGACGAUGUCCACCUCCAUCUGUCUGAAAUGGCCUCUUGCACAUCAUUACCAACUCUGCCAAACAGCAGCAGGGGAUGAGACGCUCACCUCCAGUUGAUGCUGCAAAUGCUCUCUCCAUCAACUUUAUUGUAUUACCUAUAUGUAGUGAUGUCGUAAUCUCUAGAAAGAAAACUUGAUGCGCCCAUAGAAGGAUUCUCUGUAUACAUAAAACAAAUUUUUUUACAAAAAUCUCAUUGCAGAAAGUUGCUAAGGCUUGAAGUGCACUUCAUGAAGCUAACUGCUAAUCACACCAGCCUGCUUUAAAAAGGGAAAAACCGCCAUACCGUCCUAGCAAAACGCAGUAUAAACUAGUGUAUUCGGUGUUCUUCAGCUCUCGCUACUUGAAUUUAUUACUUUAUAAUCUUUUCAACGAUUAAGAGACUGACUAAAACUUUGUAGUGGGGGAGCUUUUACAUGCUAGAUUGUAUAAUGUCUCAGACAGAUGGGAGAACCUUCAAACAUCCUUUUGCUAAAGAUCUGAAAUUGAUGGGUUUUUUGGUUUUUUUAUGUUGUUGUAAAUAAUGUGAUUUUUAUGUCGACUCGUGUUACUUUCACACAGUACAUUUUUGUGUAGGUUUUAAUGAUAUCGUGUCCAAUGUGAGUGCAUAUUUAACUAUUGGUAUUUAGUUAGUAGGUUAAUUGUACAUUGAGUUCUAGAUCUGUAUAAAAUGUGUAAAUGUGACCCAUAAUUUUUGUGUAACAAAUUGUGCUUGUGACAAUAAAUUCUUAUUGGUUA